CAGCCUUCCCACAAGACGUUCCGCACGAAGCGGACUCUGGCGAAGAAGAUGAAGCAGAACCGCCCCAUCCCCCAGUGGAUCCGCAUGCGCACGGACAACAAGAUCCGCUGGAACGCCAAGCGCCGCCACUGGCGCCGCACGAAGCUCGGCCUCUAG